GCUUUAUUAAAGUUGAUUUUGUCAUCAUCACUAAAUGGCUUUAAAACGUCAGUAACAGAUUAACGGGUUAUAAAUGAGCAGCUCCUCAGCUUGGCACGGAUCAGAGAAGGUGUUGUUCCAUAUCACCAGGUCUGUGGAUUACGCACGGCGGAGCUCCCGGGACAGAGAAAAGUUUUGAAGACUAUUUUUUGUUGCACUGGAAUGCUAGAGUGUUUUAUUACACAAGUCUCAAUGCGCACAACCUGCUAUAGAGGUAAAGUUAUCGUUUGAGUUUCUACGGAGUUAUUUCCCACUAUCUUUUCGUUUUAUAUAUAGACUGAAUUUAUUCAUGGAUUAGAACUGGGACUUUAGCAGAACACCAGAAGAGAGAAAAAUCUGAAGAUAUAUGCUUUGGGGGAUGGCAACAGCAACAUCAAGUCCAUACCUAGCCAGCAGCAGGAUUUUAUCCGGCCCGGUACUUCACUCUGAUCGAAGGGUUGGUGGAAUGCAGCCGGGCAGCACCGCUGUGACCACGGUGUCUAGUGGAUACAGAGGGGAUCCUGCAGUAAAGAUGGUGCAAAGUGACUUCAUGCAGGGUGCCAUGGUGGCAAGCAAUGGGGGCCACAUGCUAAGCCAUGCCCACCAGUGGGUAACAUCGUUGCCUCACGCGGCAGCCGCAGCAGCUGCGGCCGCAAUGGCAGCAGCCGAGGUCGGCUCUCCGUGGUCCCCCAGCUCCCAGCCGCAGGACGUGAAGAGAGGGAGGGAGGAUCUCCACACAGGCAGCGCUCUGCACCAUAGGUCCCCGCAUCUGGGACCCCAUCAGGCGCACCCGGGAAGUUGGGGAGACACCUCCACGGCGCACAUCAGUAUUACCGAGGGGCAGCAGCAGCAGCAGCAGCAGCAGCAGCAACAACAGUCUCUCAUUUACUCUCAGCCCGGUGGGUUUACAGUCAACGGGAUGCUGAGCUCGCACGUGGGACAGAGCCUCAUGCACCAGGGGCUGGUGCGCGGGGAGUCCCCGGAGCUGGAUAAUGGAAACCACCAUCAUCACCAUCACCACCAUAAUCACCACAAUCACCAUCACCAGCAUCACGGGGUGAACCACGAAGCGCACUCAGACGAGGACACUCCGACGUCUGAUGACUUGGAGCAUUUUGCAAAACAGUUCAAACAGCGGCGGAUCAAGCUGGGUUUCACUCAGGCAGAUGUGGGCUUAGCUUUGGGCACCUUGUACGGCAACGUGUUCUCACAGACCACCAUCUGCAGGUUUGAAGCGCUUCAGCUGAGCUUUAAGAACAUGUGCAAGCUGAAGCCUCUAUUGAACAAAUGGCUGGAGGAGGCCGACUCCACCACCGGGAGCCCGACCAGCAUUGACAAGAUAGCCACCCAGGGCAGGAAGAGGAAAAAGCGCACGUCCAUCGAGGUGAGCGUAAAAGGCGCGUUGGAAAGCCACUUCCUCAAGUGUCCCAAACCAUGCGCGCAGGAGAUCACCUCUCUGGCGGACACUCUGGAGCUGGAGAAGGAGGUUGUCAGGGUUUGGUUCUGCAACCGCAGGCAGAAAGAGAAGCGCAUGACACCGCCAGGACUGCCUCGCACCCCGGAGGACGCGUAUUCACAGGUGGGCAGCAUGGGUCCUGAUACACCGUCACCCUCCAUAGACUGCAAGAGGAUGUACAGCGACACGUGAACAUAUGUGGCCGGACUUUAAAUCUGAACAAGUGUUUGAAUACCCUUUUCGAGAAAAUAUUUGAUGUUUCCUUAAAUGC